CUUUCUUCCCCUCCCCGUCCCGUCCCGUCGGCCCAACUCCAACGGCUAAUUUCCAUCCCAUUCUCCAUCUUCCCCACCGCUAGAUUCGCUCACUAACAGCGCCGCAUCACUUCACUGACCGACAGGAACCUGAAAACUCACCCGCCGGGGGAGACACAGAGAAGGAAAAAGGUGAGCAUCCAAACCCCAUCACUCAUCUUGCUUGGGGUAAUCCGGCAACCGUGUCUGAAGGUUCAAGAUUCUCCUACCAUCUCAUCUCCUCUUCGGUGUCUCCACAAUCUGGCAUCGGCGGGACUCGUUCGAUCGUGAUUCAAUUAAUUUCUGCACCGGGCGCCACUGAGCACAAUUAUCAUGAGCGGAUCCACGGUUGAAAAUGACGCAACAGCCCAACAUCCGCCAGAGGCGGCGGCCGCAGCAGCUCCUUUGCCUCCGCCACCUACCCAGCGGCGGCCCCGGGUUCGGGAAGUCCGUUCUCGAUUCAUGUCCCCUGUUGUCUCUUCAUCAUCCUCUGGCGAUCUCCACCUCCCGACCACCAAGUCUCCAGUCCCCAAGCACGGGACUGACACGCAGCCCCGGCAGAAUCAGCAGCACGGUCGCUCAACCUCUGCCCAGAGGCGGCGCCAGCUGGAACUGGAGCCUCUGUCUCGGGCCGAUGAGAACAGACCCGAGACCACCCGCAGCUUAGAUACCCCACUCGCUGGACCAGCUAAACCCACCACCGGCACGUCUGUCCACAAGAGACAGCCCCUGCCCCGCUCCGUCAAGGAGAAUGGAGACCCUGAAGCCAUUCCCAGAAUCUCGAGCCGGAAUCUAAGACCCGACACACCGACCGUCAGUACCAGCAUGGACAGGAUUGGGUCUUCUAGGCUGAGGCUCACUCCCCAUCACCACCACAACCACAGUCUGCAGCGGUCGAUUAGUGCUGGGGCCACAGCUGCCGUGAAGCUGCUGCACGCUACCGGGAUGUCCAUGUCCUUCUCCAGUCCUAGCGGGAAAGCUAGAGGUGAUGGGAACUUGGGCCAAGACUCCGAUUCAGAUGCUGACAUUAACAGCGAAAAGAACUCAAAGUCUGUCCAAGAGAUGCGGUCUUCUAUGCCAGAGGCAGACAUGGCGAACAGAUUGCUAGAAAGGACCGGGAAUAGGACUGGCAUGGAUUCUUUGAGAACUUCAGGUUCUUCUCCUCGCUCUCGACCGGUCAGUUCCCCGCGUUCGAGCUCUGAGCAUCCCAUGCGAGCAAGUGAGAGAGUGGUGAAUAGCCUCUGCAAACAGCUUCCGACGCCUAUCAAUGUGGGGAAAGUCCCUCUGCCUCCGGUCCCACCGUGCGCAAAGCCUGGGGCAGAUGCGAAGAAGGGAAGGAAAGUCUCAAGCCAUCAAGAGGAUGUUCACACUCUCAGGCUGCUGCACAACCAUUAUCUGCAGUGGAGAUUUGCGAAUGCAAAGGCCGAGGUUUCUAUGCAGGCUCAGAGAAGAGAAGCCGAGCGGAUGCUUUAUUCUCUGAGUCUUAAGAUAGCAGAUAUGUAUGAUUCUGUGAAAAGGAAACGUACAGAACUAGCAACACUGCGGAGAAUAAAGAAUGUAUCAUCAAUACUCGAAUCUCAAACGCCGUAUUUGGAAGAGUGGUCUGCUCUUGAGGAUGAUUACUUGGCGUCCGUGUCGGAAGCAACUCAAGCUCUUCUGAAUGCUUCAUAUCAGUUGCCCGUUGGUGCCAACGUCAGGGCUGAUGUCAGAGAAGUGAAGGAGGCGCUUGCUUCAGCUGUGAAGAUCAUGGAAGCAAUAACCAUUCACGUUCAGAGCUUUACAGCAAAGGCCGAAGAGCUGGAGGUAUUCAUUUCGGAACUAGCAAGAGUGGCAGGAGGAGAAAGAAUCCUCGUCGAGGGGUGCGGGGAUUUGUUACACAGGACAUACUUUUCGCAAGUUGAAGAGUGCAGCCUCAGGGGCCAAAUAAUCCAACAGCAACAAAAGGCUAUGAUCCAAUGCAGCGAAUAGAGGCUGCUAUCAUUCCUCGUCAAGAAUGCUCGACAUGUUCUCUUCGCAAUUUGGAUCCUGACCAAAAUGCGCAAUCCAAGUACAGUGCGAGAAUUUUGUUCAUGUUUUGUUUGGCGAUAUUUAAGGGGGGGAAGAGAUUUGCUUGAUAACCAUCUCCAAUGUGAUUCUUUCAUUCUUUCUCUACGAGGCCCUGUAAAUAAGUUUGAUCCAAUAAGUACUACUGAGUGCCGCAAUAUUUGUUUCCACAUU